UUUAGUCGAUCGAAAGCCGUUGCAUUGUGAACAGGUGUGUCUCGCUCGAUCGUGGUAGUAAAAGAAGGCAGAAAUUUCAAGGCACGCGUUGUCCCUAGCCUUGCCCUAUUGCUCAGUGUUCUGGGAAGAAUUUGGACGGAAGUGUGGUGGGGUUUACAUAUUGUUCUGAUUGAGCGUGCAAGUGUUGUGACUUGUUUGUGGGGGUGGAUAAUAGUGAACAGUGUGGGUGGAACGAAGAAUAAUAAGCCGAAGGAAAACUGGUCCAGUUGGUAUCCUUGUACUGUUGUGGAUUUUACCUAAAGUGGAGAUUUUUAGCACCGCAAUGAAAAUCUUCCAGUUUGUUCUGGUAGUGACUGUGGUCGUUGCCACCGUGGCAUUCCCAACACCCCAGGAAGUGAAACCGGUCUCAGAAACGAAGGAACAAAAUGAACAUGUUCCAAUGGUUCAGAAGAUUGAAAUCCACGUCGAAGUUAAGGCCGUUCCUGUAGACAUGAUGAUACCUGCAUUGGUCACAGUUACGGAAGUCAAGGAACACAUAGAAAAAUCCACCGAAGCGGUGAAAGCCGUUGUUUCAGAAAAGGUCCCUGAAGUUGUGAAAUCUGCUGAUGUCAAAUCAUUGGAGUCUAUGGAAUCUUCGGAAGUUGUAAAAUCCGUAGAGGUCGCCAAACCGGUGGAAUCUAUGAAGCCAUCUGUGGAUACUAAAGAAGCUGAAGCUGUUAAAGAAGCAACUAAGGUAGAUUACAGUACAACAAAGGCAGCAGAUGUCAAAAAAGUUGAAAUCAUAGAAAAAGCACAAGUAAAAGCUGAAGAAGUAAAACCCGUGAUUGAGUCAGUGCCAGGAAAAAAUGAUCAACUAGUUGAAGCUACAUCAGAGCCCAAGCCAGCGAUAGUAGAGGCCCCAAUGGAAAAAUCUGUUAAACCAGAGCCCGAAAACGUUGAAGCUAAAGCAGAGGCAGCAAAACCAGUUCAGGUAGAAGCCGCAGUAGCCAAAAUCAUUGUACCACAAGCUGUUGAUGAUUCGGAUGAGGAUAACUCAAGCGAAGAAAAACCUUCAAAUGACAUGGUGAUCAAGUUAAAGGGGGAACCAGUCAGAGCAUCGCCGGUUAUAACCUUUGAUGAAGCUGUUAAGGAAACAACUAUGGAAUCUACCAAAGAGCAAGCAAUGACUGUGAUGCCAGAAGUACAAGCCGACGAAAUCACGAAAGUAGACAAAGAAGUUACGGCAGUCAAACCAAAGCCAGAAGCUAAAAGCAUAUCGAAUGAGAUGGUAGUUCCAAUCGUUGAAGAUUUACCUAAGGAGAAACAAAGUGUUGAGGCAGAGCCGGUAUACAAAACUAUUCCAGUUGCAGUUGUCCAUGAUGAACCUAUAAAAGAGGAGAUCAAAAAAGUUGCUGUGAAGACAGUUGAAACUGUUGAAGUUGCGGAGCAAAAUAAAGAAGAGAUUCCAGCUGUAAAACCAACAGAAGCAACAACAGCUAAUGCUGAUGUAGAGAAGCCCACAGUCCAGGCUGAAGUUGAAUCGACCACAGCUGGUGAAGUUCAAAAGGAAGAUGCUCCUAUUGUGAAGACCGUUGAUACUAUUCAGACUGUAGCUGAUCCGGUAACCGUAGCAUCUUCUCCUGCCGAAUCUGUAGAAGCAAAAUCUGAAAAAUUAGAGGAACCCAAUGUCUUGGUUGUUGAAGCAAUUAAAGCUGUUGACCUGAAGGAAUCGGAACCAGCCGUGCAAACUACGGCAGAGCCCACCAAAGAAACCGAAGUCAAAGCUAUUGAAUCUGUCAAGAAAGAAGGGAGUUCAACUAAAGCAACAGAAGCAACAGAAAACAAAGUUGAAGAUUCGAGUGUCAGUAGUAGUACAGCCACUAAGACGACAGAGGAUGUAGCGAAAGCCAUCGAAGUGACGGAAAAAGCUGAGGAAGUAACGACUGAAGUAUCAACAACAACGACGACGACAGCUGCUCCUGUUCAGGUGGAGGGCAAAAAAGGAAAGAAGAAGUUGCCAGGUUCGAACAAAAAACAGAAUACAAUCUAACAUCCGAGGGUACAGUAAACGCUUGCAACAGGAUCAGAGGAAAGCUCACUGACGACUAAUAAUUCCCUGCGAAGCGGCGUUUCGUACGAAGUAGAUUGCUACUUUAUCACUAGUGUGCACGUGGAACCUGUGGACAGGUAGACGACACGUGACGAUAACUUUAAUUUAACUCUCUUAGGAUAGUUAGAUAUUACAAAAAAUACGAUUGACUCGUUCGGGAUCACUAUCUCGACUCAAAUGACUUGCCAACAUUCAUAUAAUGAAAUCAGACAAAAUAUAUCGAAUCGAUCCAUUUGACCAGUGUUGUAAUAUUACGCUUGAACUAGAUUAAGUAAAAUAUAAUAUUUAAAAC